AUGUCGACCACGAUCCCGAUCUACGCCAACCUGCUGCCUCCAUCCUGGAAGGUCAAAGUCACCUCGUGGCUUGCCGAAGACUGUCCCUCCUUCGACUGGGGCGGCUUCGUCGUCGGCGAAGACAUCAAACGAGCCACGCUCUUCUGCAAAAGCGAAGGAGUCCUCGCCGGAGUCCCCUUCUUCGACGAGGUGUUCAAGCAGCUCGACUGCAAGGUUCACUGGAACUUCCGAGAAGGAGAAUACCUCAGAUCCUCCACCCCCGGUCAGAAGGUCAAGAUCGCAGUGGCGACCGUCGAGGGACCGUCUCGAAAGAUCCUUCUUGGCGAACGUGUUGCGCUCAACACUCUCGCCAGGUGUUCCGGUAUCGCGACUGCUUCCAGUCUCUUUGCGCAGAAAGCACGGGAUGCAGGGUACCAGGGGAUCGUAGCGGGGACGCGCAAGACGACACCCGGGUUCCGAGACGUCGAAAAGUACGGCAUGCUCGUUGGAGGCGUCGACAUGCACAGGUACGACUUGAGCAGCAUGGUGAUGCUCAAAGACAACCACAUCUGGAGCACGGGCUCGGUCAAGAAUGCCGUUGCGUCGGCGAGAUCCGUCUGCGGGUUUUCGCUGCGCAUCGACGUCGAGGUGCAGAGCUACGACGAAGCCGUCGAGGCGAUCGAGGCAGGUGCCGACGUCAUCAUGCUCGACAACAUGGAGGGCGAGACUCUGAUCAGCAACGCCAAGAGGUUGAAGCAGGAGUGGAGCGGGAAGCACAAGUUCUUGUUGGAAAGCAGCGGUGGCAUCGAUAUCGACAACGUCAAGCAGGGUGGACAUGUGGAUAACUCGAUCGAUAUCAUCUCGACGAGCAGCAUCCAUCAGUCGACCAAGCAUGUCGAUUUCUCGCUGAAGAUCGACCCUAGUUCGUAG